AUGGACUACUCCUCCUACUUCUCCGUGCCGCCGCCCCAGCAGUACUACAUCGGCCUGCCGCCAACCCCCAAUUACGACGGCUCCAGCGACAAGCUCAACUUGCAGAGCCACCUCGAUCCAAGCUCGUUCCUACAGUACGACGCAUUCUCCUUCCCCUCGCUGCCAGCUAGCUCGUCACCCACCCACGCGCACUCGUCUGCCGUUGCGCCGCAGCUCCACGCCGUCGGCAGCGUCGACAGCGGCAUCCACUUGGAUCUCGACGCCGCCAGCAGCGCCCAGCACAUCCAACACACCCAAGACUCCCCGAUACACGCCACACUCAGCACCGCCCCCGGCCUCUACAGCUCCUCCACAUCCUCGUCCGACGCUCUACCAUCAGCACAGCAGCAGCAGCAACAACAACAACAACAACCAAUCGGCAGCACCGGCUCCCCCUCGCACCCAACAUCGCCGAUCAUCGGUAGCAACGGCGGCCAGCACACGCGUUCCUCGUCGGAGGAGAAAGACAACGGCGGCAAUCCCAACUCCAGCAGCCUGACACCCGCACAAUCCCGACGCAAGGCGCAAAAUCGCGCCGCUCAGCGCGCCUUCCGCGAGCGGAAAGAAAGACAUGUCCGCGAGCUGGAAGACAAGCUGCGCGCGCUCGAGUCGUCGACGCACAGCCUGCAGAGCGACAACGAGCGGCUGAAGCUGCUGCUGCAACGCGCCAAGACGGAGAACGAGAUUUUGAGGGCGACGAAUCACCACCGCCACAGAAGGGCAGGCUCGACGGGCAGUGGGAGCGGGAGUGGUGGCAGCCGGUCGGCGAGUCCCGGUGACGACGGCGAGAUGCAGUUGGAUCUAGACAAGGACUUGUAUACGACAGUGCCGGGGGACGGAGCUGGCGCGGCGGCGAGCAGCGGCGGUAGCGGGCAGCAGCAUGCGAGGGCGAACAUCGGCAGAUCGACACCACAUCUGCUCGGCGCGAGCCAAACGUGGGAUCUAAUCCAGUCGCACUCCCUAGUCCUAUCCGGCGCCGUGGACGUAGCCGACGUAUGCGAGCGGUUGCGGACUGCUGCUCGCUGCGAUGGACAGGGUCCUGUCUUCGAGGAGACGGCGAUAUACAGGAUCAUCGAGGAAGAAAGCAGCAGAGGAGGCGGCGACGCGCUGAUAUGA